UCGCUGAUAUUUUAAUGUGAUCCGUAGGAAAUCCAUGAAUAAAACUAAUUUAUGUUCGUCACGUAUUUUGCCGGCUAAACUGCAAAUGACGGUUGCGUACGUGGUCAGUUUCCAUUCCGACUGGCACAUAAUGAGAGCAUAAGUAGACGAGUAGGCCUUGAACCAGCAUUUGUAAGGGAACAAACGACCACCAUGAACACUCAGCAAGUGACAGUCUUGUUGAAGGAGUGCCUCAGACUAUUAAAAGCAAAAGAAGGAGCCAAGGAGCCCGCAGAGAAAGCCAGGGAGGAUUUCCUCAAAUGUAAAGCGGACCUCCCAAAAGAACUGAACUCACUCCUGCAGGAGGCAGCCGACAUGAAGUGGCCCUUCGUGGUGGAGAAAUGGCAGUACAAACGUUCCGUGACCUCUGAGGAUAAGGUCAACACCUCCGACCUCAUCAAUCGGCAUCUGCUGCAGUUGUUGGAAUAUUUGAAAGCAUCCAUCUCGGCCGGGGAGUCCGUGUGGGCGGCGUCCGCGGUGUUCCUUGUGGACCGUUUCCUGUACAUGAUUGACAGUUCGCACACACUGCUGAGGAUAGCCAAGGCUUUGCACAAACGUUACCCAGAAACCCCUAUUGCCCCACAGGUGGUCAUCCGAAGAGCGCGUGUGUACCUCAACACAGGUAAACUGCAGACUGCGGAGUACAUCCUGAGUAGUUUGAUCUCCAACAGUGGAGAAACUGGCUGCUGGAGGUACGCAAACGAGAGCGAUCAGACCCUCGUGCAAGCCGUCAGCGUUCAAGUGCGUGGGCAGGUGCUGCAGAAGCUAGGUCUGUGGCUGGAGGCAGCAGAGUUAAUCUGGGCUUCACUGAUUGGGUUUUAUGUUCUUCCCCAACCCGAUAAAAAGGGUAUUGGAACGUCUUUGGGGAUACUAGCCAAUCUACUGGUGUCCAUCAAUGACGAUGACUUCAGGAAGUUCGCUUGCAUUGAUUUUAGUUUUCUCGGUCAGACGACUCAUCGCCUUCUCACCGCUGCAGAGGCCGCUAAGAUGGCUGUCGUGUACAGUCAGUAUGUUUCUCUGUUCGUCCUAACCAAUGUGGUAACACAGGGAACCUGCCUCUUGUCCUACAGCUUCUCACAGGACUGCCCCCCUUCAGAAAAGCAAACAUAUCUAGCCCAGGCUAAGGAAGCCUUUGAGAUUGGCUUGUUAACAAGAACAAAAGCAGACGCAGUCACAAGCAAACAGGAGCUUCACACAUUCCUGAAAGCGGCCUACUGCCUGACAGUGACUCACAAAUGGAUGGGUGACACCUCACCUGAAUUGGUUAACGAGGCAAUAGAAACCUGUCAGGGGGCCAUGGAAGACUUUUACACCUACUGCUUUCGGGAGAGCCUUGAUCAGAGUCAUUUGUGCCCCAAGAUUAUGGAUAGGGUGCAUCGUGUGAAGGAGAUUCUCGAAGUUAAGCCCUACCCCAACUCAGACGAACAGUCUUUUAUCCCAGACUCUUACCGAGCUGUAGAGGAGAGGGUCGUCCCGUUCAAACCUGCGGAUUUCUCCAAGAUGUUAGUCACGUUUAAGAAACACCACGAGACUGUCAGUCAAGCGUUCAGGACCACCUGCAGGGAGAGCCUACAGGCAGGUGGAGAAGGUCGAAUACUUGGACCUUGUGUGACCGCCUUCGAGACUUCAACCGAAUCUCUUCCCACAGAGUGUCUCAGCGACAGCGCCGGAACCAGUGCGGAUCAGCAAACAAACCGGGUUGCACAAAACUGUUCCGCUGAGAACGGGCCUCGUCGGCCACAAACUUUGCCCACAACAGUCAUCACUGAAGACGUCUUCACUCAAAGCCUGAGCUCCAAAAACAUGGAUCAUCAACCCACACCUGAAAUGGAACAGCAAGGAAAGGCAGAACAGAGCCGUUCGGCUGAGAACAAGCCGUGUCAAUCACAAGCUUUGAUUUCUACGGUUUUCACUGAAGAUGAACCUCAAAGGCUGAGUUCCAAAGACAUGGAUCGUCGUGGACCUUCAACCAACGUGAAGGUAACUAAAUCAAGAGAGUCCAGUGACUCCAAUGAGAGUUAUGACCUGAAUUCCUCAUGGGAGAAAGUACCUUCGGUGAACAACGAUAAUGAGAAUAAGAAUGAGAACUUUAUGGUGUCUCAAACCUGUCCGACCUUGGCAAGCUUGGAAGAUGACCAGGAAAACCCUCAAGAACGUACAAAUCUUGGGCAUUUUACGGGCCCUGUUUACGACACCAGCCCAGAGACUCUCAAGGAACAUUCAAGUCCCAAACCUUCGUCACAAGUUGUCACUUCCUCCCAGGCAAAAAACAAUAUACCCGAGAGCAGCAACGGACCCCAUCUGGACCAAAGUGGAGUAGAGACUGAACUUGAGUCCGAAUUCAGUGACUGGAGUCUUGUAGAGGGGAGUCAAACUUCUCCAGAGUCUCUCAGUAGCAGCUUUGGCUCCAGCUCCUCGUGGCAAAAACUGCACUUGACUGAGUCAAGAACAUCCGUCAGCGACGGAGAAAAUCCUGAGAGUCAUUCGAACCCUGUGCCAAAGCAAAACACAAAGGGAACAAGACAGAAUGAGACAGGAAGCCUGUUCCAUACACAGGCACAAGGGCUAGCAUCACCUUCAGGUACACCUAAGGAACCUUGCCAAGAGUCAAGGUCUCAAGGCCAUAAAUCGAUGUUAUCUUCGACGAUGCCUGGUUCAUAUGAGAUGGUGGAACUCGAUGAUAAAGCUCUUGUCUGUGAAAACCCAGCCACACCCUCAGUUGUUGUCGAUUCCUGCGAUGUCAAGUCGUGCAGCGUAUGCUUUGAAGGCUGUGAGAUGGGUAGCGAAGUUCUGACAGAGGAGGAUUAUAAAUAUCUCCUGGCAGGAGUGUGCCAAGACUGUCUGAUAAAACGCCUCCCAAAGAAAGCGUUUCAACUCAAGACGGACAACAAAGCCUACCGUGCCCUUACUCUGAAAUAUUCAAAAGCUACAGACAUUUGGAUUGGCUGCCAGACAAUCAUCUUCAUUGGUGAGAAGUUAGGGAUGAAAGGCAGUCAUAGAACUGCACUCUGGGUACAGUAUUUACACCAGGAAUCACUGCUGAGCAGUUAUGUGGGGAAAGAAUACAUAAAAACCCAAAAUAUCGAGGUUCAUUUGAGCGACGUGGAAAGACAGAUGACGGCGCAGUACUACGUGACGGAGUUCAACAAGCGACUGUACGAAAAAAACGAGGCAACGCAGAUCUUUUUCAUUCCGUCCGAGUUGCUUCUGGUCCUGGAGCGGAAUUCGAACGGGAAUGACGUCAUUUUAGGCUGUGUCUCAGUGGAGCCGUAUAUGCUAGGGGAGUUUAAGAAACUUACCAACAACACGCGCAAUAAGACUGAUCACAUGGCCACGGACUAUGGAAUUGCUUUUGGCCACUUCAACUAUGAGUUCUCCACCCAUCAGGAGGUAGUCGUUGACCUCCAAGGAUGGAUAACAGCGAACGGACUGACAUACAUGACAGACCCACAGAUUCACUCUUUGAGAAAACCUCCGUCCAAGACAAACUUUCACCAAAAAGGGAUCGACUUAUUCCUGAGAGAGCAACAUGGCCGAGAAUGCAACCACAUCUGCAGAUCUCUCGGCCUCAGACCACUGCUGGAACAGCUGCAGGAUGUGCAACACUGACACCUGUGUGUGUGUGUGAGA